AUGUCCAUUGUGUAUAAUGAACUGAACUGGAUAUGGUUAAUUUUGUAUAUAUGCAUGGCUUCAAAAACCAACAAGGUAUCUAUUGUUAAACCUUGGACUACUGGAAUAAGUGGACAGCUUCAAAAAGCACUUGUGACAGGUGUGCCAAAGCUAAAGAGAAUAGAUCUUGAAGUAGCAUGUGAAGAUUUUAGUAAUGUAAUCGGUAAAUCACCGAUUGGUACGUUGUACAAAGGAACUUUAUCUAGUGGAGUUGAAAUUGCUGUAGCUUCUGUUUCUCUGACAUUAUCCAAGACUUGGACAAAGAAUUUAGAAGCUCAGUUUAAGAACAAGAUAGACACACUAUCAAAAGUGAACCAUAGGAAUUUUGUCAAUCUUAUUGGAUAUUGUGAAGAAGAAGAACCUUUUACCAGAAUGUUGGUUUUUGAAUAUGCGCCAAAUGGAACACUAUUCGAGCAUUUACACGUGAAAGAAGCUGAGCACUUGAACUGGGGACCGAGACUUAGAAUUGCGACAGGAAUGGCUUACUGCCUACAAUACAUGCAUGGAUUAGACCCUCCUGUGGCCCUUACCAAUCUGAGUUCUUCAACUGUCCAUCUAACAGAUGAUCAUGCAGCAAAAAUCUCGGAUUUGAGUUUCUCCCGCGAAACAGAUUCAUCUGAAAAGAAACCUGAUGGUAGAAAAGACAUUGAUAUUGAUAUGACGCAAUCAACAAUUCCAGCGAGUAAUGUUUAUAGCUUUGGUGUUUUGUUAUUCGAGAUAGUAACCGGUCGGAUUCCUUAUUCGCUGGAUAAUAGCUCAGCUGAAAACUGGGCAGCACAUUAUCUAAAAUGGGACAAACCUAUGAAGGAAAUGGUGGAUGCAACUCUAGCAUCUUACCAAGAGAAUCAGGUGGAACAAGUUGCGGAGUUGAUAAAAGAUUGUGUGGAUCCUGAUUCGGAGAAGAGACCGAGAAUGAAUGAAGUGAGUGAGAGAUUGAGAGAAAUAACGAAAAUGUCGUCUGAGUUUGUAGUUCCUAAACUUUCUCCACUUUGGUGGGCUGAGCUUGAGAUUUCUUCUGCAUAA